ACGAUGACUUUCAUACAAUGUAGCUAGACUGAUAAAUAUUUGUCACAUCUGAUCGGCCUUGAGCGUAGGUAUCAAGCAAGAGGUCAGCCAGUCUACCUUCAUACCUACAUGUAACUAAGUAAGAUGCUGUGCAGGUUCAAGGUAUGGCUGAAACUUUGUGGACCAGAACCAUAUAUUUUGCCAGCAGGUCUUUACCUGGUAUUAUUAGUUUUCUGUUGUUACCAAGAAUAUAUGAUAACAGAUGGAUGGUCAACUGAGCUCAAAUAUAAGGAGCCUACACCACCAAAUAUGUUGGAAGGAUCAAUAGAUUAUUCCAGUCAAAGCAAGGAAAUCACGUUUGUCACAGCCUAUUUUAAUCUUGGUAAAAUCAUGAAAGGUCCUUUCAAAACAUUCAAUACACAAUCGUAUUACAAAUGGAUGAAAAAUUACGCGUUUAUGAACAACACUAUUAUUCUCUACACCGAUUUAGAAGAUUUAGCAACUAAUUUUAAACUGGAAAGAUCUCAUUUUCAAGAUCACAUGACCAGAAUAUUUUUAAAAAAGCAAAACGAAUUUUGGGCAUUUGGAUUAAAACAAAAAAUAGAGAAAAUUUACAAUCAACCAGACUAUCCAAAAUGGUAUCCGAAUACUGUCAUGGCUUCAUAUUCGUGUGCCAUGCAUGUAAAGUAUGAUCUUUUAAAGGAGGUAAUAAAGGAAAAAUUAGUAAACACAAAAUAUUUAGCAUGGAUUGACUUAGGUUAUUUCAGAGGCAAUGAAAAGGGUGUUUUUACAUUACAAACUCCACAAAAUAUUAAAGACGAUCAUAUAGCAUUUGUACAGAUUGAUAAAUUCGUAGACAUGACUCCAAAACAAAUCAUGUUUAGUAAUAGUGUAUUUUUAGCUGGUGGAUUAUUCAUUGGUACACCUGACUACUUACUACUGUUUGUUGAAGAUUAUAAAAAAGCAGUUGAAGGAUUAAUUACAAUGAGUAUAAUGAACACAGACCAACAGGUGCUUUAUUGCAUGUACUCGCCAAAAUCUCCAUUCCAACCUAGAGUACCUAUCCAGAGAUAUUACAGCCAAAGCCGUUGGUUGUGGUUCUAUCUUGGUGACAUAUGUAGGGAAAGUAGUUUAUUUCUAUUGAGAAAAAAGACAAAAUUAAGAGACUUCAUAGCAAGUAGUAUAUUUUUGUAAUGUAUCUUAUGAAUAUGGCAUCAUUUUUGUUUAAUCACCUUUUCUUAGGAAUAGACCACUUUCAGGACAUGUUCUUCACGGAAAGUUCGUCAAUUAUGCCCGCUGUUUUUACGACAUUCACUAGGUAAAGGAGAUCGCCUGUAUCCCUGCAUUAUUCAUGUUCAUUCUUCGUCUUCGCUUAUGUAGAAAUAUUGUUUGUUCCAUAGGUUCUUAAUCACAAUUCUCUUAUCACAGCAGUGCUGAUUAUCCAUUAUAAGUAAUUGAUUUGCCGAAUUAUUCGUGCAAUAUGACGUCAUUUUUUCAACCACUCGCUCAACGUUGACAGGAAGUGAAGAAACCUUUACCUAAACGCAUGUGGUAUCAUCCACAAAAAGUGGUCUUUUUGCUUAUUCGAUACAGCAUUUGUGUGUUGAGUUAAGACGUUGAUUGCUGGCUAUAGAUAAUCAGCCAAUGAUCAAAGGCUUUU